AUGAAGAACAAAACCAUCUCCUAUGCAGGGUGUAUGACACAGCUCUACUUCCUGGUCUCCUUGGUGACCCUGAACAACCUCCUCCUGGCCACAAUAGCAUAUAACCGCUAUGUGGCCAUCUGCCGUCCCCUGUACUACACCAUGGCCAUAAGCCCUGGGCUCUGUAUUUCACUCCUCACUUUGUGUUGGACACUUGUCUUCUAUGGCCUCGUCCACACCCUCCUCAUGACAAGGGUGACCUUCUGUGGGUCCCGGAAGAUCCACUAUGUUUUCUGUGAGAUGUACGUACUGCUAAGGCUCACAUGUUCCAAUACUCAGAUCAUUCACACAGUGCUGAUUACCAAAGGCAUCUUUAUCUUCCUCACCCUCUUUGGGUUCAUGCUCAUGUCUUAUGUCCAGAUUGUCAAAGCCAUCCUCCGGAUACCCACAGCCACUAGCAAGUAUAAAGCCUUCUCCAUCUGUGCCUCCCAUUUGGCUGUGGUCUCUCUCUUCUACGGGACACUUUGCAUGGUAUAUCUGAAGUCCCUCCACACCUACCCCAUGAAGGACUCAGUGGCCACAGUGGUGUAUGCUGUGGUGACCCCCAUGAUGAACCCUUUCAUCUACAGCCUGAGGAACAAGGACACGCAUGGGGCUGUGAGAAGACUCUUUCUGGGAAAAGGCUUUUAG